CCUUCACCAUUCUCUCUCUCUCUCUUUGGUACCGUCUUGACCUAAUUAGGGUUAUCUUUGAAGAUCGAGAUCAUCAUGAGUUACGUAAGUAAGGAUCUUCUUCUUGAGGCAACAGAACUGAGACUAGGUUUGCCAGGAACUCACAGUACUACAAAAUCUACUAAAAGAACUUCAUCUGAGUCCGGUUCCAACGACGGCCCACAGUCAUCUUCUGAUCAUGAUUCCCAACAUAGCAAACCACCCCCACCCAAAGCACAGAUAGUGGGGUGGCCACCGGUCAGAUCAUACAGGAAAAACUGUUUACAAGCUAAGAAUAUUGUACCAGAAACUGGUAGCGAUGGUUGUGGGAUGUACGUAAAAGUUAGCAUGGAUGGAGCUCCUUAUUUGAGAAAGAUAGAUGUAAGGGUUUAUAAGAGUUAUCGUGAUCUUCUAGAGGCCUUGGAGACCAUGUUCAAAUGCACCAUUAAUGGUAUGUGCGGGAGUGAGAAAGAAGGAUCGUCUGGAUAUGUAGCGACGUAUGAGGAUAAAGAUGGUGAUUGGAUGUUGGCUGGAGAUGUUCCAUGGGAGAUGUUUAUCACUUCUUGCAAGAGGCUUAGAAUCAUGACAGGGUCAGAUGCCAAGGGAAUAUUUGUAUGAACAGAGAAUUUAUAGGGUUUGACUUUGCCCACCAUAGCUAGCUUGUGUCAAAAUACUACUGUAAGUUUAUUUACAUUUGGUAGGUUUGUUCAUGAAGGUUUGAUUUGACUAUUAAAUUAUCAUCAUGUUUAUUGGUUGUAUUUUAAAAAAUGCACUCUUAUAUUUGUUGAAAUUUAUCAUAAUAAAGGAGAGAGCAAGCAACAUAUGCAUUUCCAAACUA